CUUCCGGGGGACGAGCACCCUCCCCGCGCGUCUACAUCGGCGGGUCUAAACCGGCCUUGUCCACAGGUAGCAGUGGACCGUUAGGAACCGCGAUCUGGACCCGGAGGCGCUUCCGAGCCUGGAGACCUUCGGGCUGGGAGGUCGCGAGGCCCGCAGGGCACGGGGCCGGUGGUCAGCUGGGCCCGGGGCGGCCUGAGCCUCGAGUAUCCCGGACCACUCGGGUCUGAAGGCUGAGGCCUGUGGGGGGAGGGGACAGGCUCCUCCCUCUUCUCCUUCUUGGUCCUGACAAACCCGGGAACAGGCUCGGGAGAAGCCCGACCCGGAAAGGACAGACCAAGUCGAGAGCCCAGGAAAAGUCGCAGAUGUGGCCUCCGAGAGCUGUGCCAAUAGACAGGGGAGACGGCGGACUUGGAACCGGCGUGGGCCUGGUGUCUAGGAAUGGAGCUUCCCUUGAGUGGAGCCAGUGAGGUCUGCAGAAGUUUCCUGAGCAUCAGCUGUGCAGGGAGGGGGCCCUUCUCACCACCCAGGCUACACCUCCUUUCCCGAAGCAUUCACCUCCCGCAUCCUCCUACACUGAGGCCCCUGAGGCCUCAGCUCCGAGCCUCCUCGCAGCCAUUCUCCUCCCUGGGUCACCUCCCACUCCGACGAUGGAAGCUCUCACCAGUGAGACUCAACUACCAGCCUCGGAGGCACUUCUGGCCAGCCCGCCUGGCGGCCAGGCUCCUCCGGCUCCGUUACCUCAUCUUGGGCUCAGCAGUCGGCGGCGGCUACACAGCCAAGAAGACCUUCGAUCAGUGGAAAGACAUGAUACCCGACCUGAGCGACUACAAGUGGAUCGUGCCCGACUUCGUGUGGCAGCUGGAUGAGUACAUCGAUCUGGAGAAACUUAGUAAGGCCCUUCCUGAUUCAGAAGCCCUGGCCAAGUUGCUUCCGGACUUUGACAAGCUCGCAGGAAGCUUCAGCUUGUUCAAGGACUUUUUCUCCCCAGGUCACAAAUUGGUUAGUGAAGUCACAGGAGCUUCUGGCCUCCUUCUGUUGUUAGGUUCCUCUGGAGAAACAGCAUUUCGAGCCACCGAUGCAUCAGAAAGCGACAGGCAGUUUAAGAAGGGUCUGCUUGGGGAGCUCAUUAUCUUACAGCAGCAAAUCCAGGAACACGAAGAGGAAGCCCGCAGAGCAGCUGGCCAGUAUAACACAGGCUAUUCCCAGCAGAAGCGCAAGGUGACGGACAAGGAGAAAGUAGAACAACUUCAGGAAGAACUCCUGCGAACUCAGCUGAAAUAUCAGAGAAUCUUGGAACGUUUAGAGAAAGAGAACAAAGAACUGAGGAAAUUAGUGUUGCAGAGAGAUGACAAAGGCAUCCAUCACCGAAAUCUCAAGAAAUCUCUAAUUGACAUGUAUUCCGAAGUCUUGGACGUUCUCUCUGACUAUGACGCCAGCUAUAACACUCAGGAUCACCUGCCUCGGGUCGUCGUGGUGGGGGACCAGAGCGCUGGGAAAACCAGCGUCUUGGAGAUGAUCGCCCAAGCUCGGAUCUUCCCGCGCGGCUCUGGGGAGAUGAUGACCCGUUCUCCUGUCAAGGUGACCCUCAGCGAAGGCCCCCACCACGUGGCCUUGUUCAAAGACAGUUCUCGGGAAUUCGACCUGACCAAAGAGGAAGACCUCGCAGCCUUGAGACGAGAGAUAGAGCUCCGGAUGAGGAAAAAUGUGAAAGAGGGCUACACCGUGAGCCCCGAGACCAUCUCUCUGAACGUCAAAGGGCCCGGGCUGCAGAGGAUGGUCCUGGUGGACUUGCCUGGCGUCAUCAAUACGGUGACGGCAGGUAUGGCUCCCGACACCAAGGAGACCAUCUUCAGUAUCAGCAAAGCCUACAUGCAGAAUCCCAACGCCAUCAUUCUCUGCAUUCAAGAUGGGUCCGUGGAUGCCGAACGCAGCAUCGUUACAGACCUGGUCAGUCAGAUGGAUCCUCAUGGCAAAAGGACAAUCUUUGUGCUGACUAAAGUUGACCUGGCAGAGAGGAACGUGGCCAGCCCCAGCAGGAUUCAGCAAAUCAUCGAAGGAAAGCUCUUCCCAAUGAAGGCUCUGGGUUACUUUGCUGUUGUCACAGGAAAAGGAAACAGCUCUGAAAGUAUCGAGGCCAUCCGAGAUUACGAAGAAGAAUUCUUCCAGAAUUCAAAACUCUUGAAGACGAGUAUGCUGAAGGCCCACCAGGUGACCACCAGAAACCUCAGCCUCGCGGUGUCUGACUGCUUUUGGAAGAUGGUGCGAGAAUCCGUGGAGCAGCAGGCCGAUUGUUUCAAAGCCACACGUUUUAACCUUGAAACUGAAUGGAAGAACAACUACCCCCGUUUGCGAGAACUCGACCGGAAUGAACUCUUUGAGAAAGCCAAGAAUGAAAUACUAGAUGAAGUUAUCAGUUUGAGCCAGGUGACCCCAAAGCACUGGGAAGAGAUUCUCCAGCAGAUGUUGUGGGAAAGAGUGUCAACGCACGUGAUUGAGAACAUCUACCUUCCUGCUGCCCAGACCAUGAACUCGGGGACUUUCAACACAACGGUGGACAUUAAGCUCAAGCAGUGGACAGACAAGCAGCUGCCCACUAAAGCAGUUGAGGUUGCUUGGGAGACCCUGCAGGAGGAGUUUUCUCGUUUCAUGACAGAGCCAAAAGGAAAGGAACAUGAUGACAUAUUUGACAAACUCAAACAAGCCGUUAAAGAAGAAAGCAUUAAGCGGCACAAGUGGAACGACUUUGCUGAAGAUAGCUUGAGAGUCAUCCAGCACAAUGCCCUGGAGGACCGCUCCAUCACAGACAAGCAGCAGUGGGACGCAGCCAUCUACUUUAUGGAGGAAGCCCUCCGGGGGCGGCUCAAGGACACGGAAACUGUCCUCGAGAACAUGGUGGGUCCAGACUGGAAGAAGAGAUGGGUGCACUGGAUGGGGCGGACCCACGAACAGUCUGUGCACAACGAAACCAAAAACGAAUUGGAGAGGAUGUUGAAGUGUAACGAGGAGCACCCCGCUUACCUGGCUAGCGACGAGAUCACCACGGUCCGGAAGAACCUCGAGUCCCGCGGAGUCGAAGUGGACCCGUCCUUGAUCAAGGACACGUGGCACCAGGUCUACCGAAGGCACUUCCUGAAGACGGCCCUGACGCACUGCAACCUCUGCCGGCGAGGCUUCUAUUACUACCAGCGGCACUUUGUGGACUCGGAGCUGGAGUGCAAUGACGUCGUCCUCUUCUGGCGCAUCCAGCGCAUGCUGGCCAUCACGGCCAACACGUUGCGGCAACAGCUCACUAACACGGAAGUCCGGCGGCUCGAGAAGAACGUCAAAGAGGUUCUGGAAGACUUUGCUGAAGACGGCGACAAGAAGGUGAAGCUGCUCACGGGCAAGAGGGUCCAGCUGGCCGAAGACCUCAAAAAAGUUAGAGAAAUUCAAGAAAAACUUGAUGCUUUCAUCGAAGCCCUCCAUCAGGAGAAAUAAAAAGAGAAUCCCUCCCAGAAACAGUUGCCUCCGAGUCCAGAGAACAAAGAAGCUGCUUCUGCAGUCUUUGGUCCGGCCUCUCUCCUUGGAGAGCCCCAUUUGGAAACACGCGUUGUUGUCUGGGACACAGUCGGUCGUCUAUUCUCGUGGAGCCUCCGUAGUAACGCCACCCCACGUCUGUGCGGUCAGUGACAGACUGGCCGCAGCAUCCCGCUUGGCCCUUCCCUCCUGUUCUUAGUCUGACUCCCAAAGGCCCAGGUUCUUCGGAUACAGAGACUGGUUUUACCCGAUGGCCAUGGCGUUUCCAGAAAAUAUUGCUGAGUGUUUGAAAUAAAAAACUGGAGCAGUGCUGUCAUGUGUACAUGAAAUAGUCCUGCCCCCACCAGUCCUCGUCGGGGUCUCUGGUGGUCUGUCAGGACUCGCGGAUGGCUCCGGGUCACAUGAAAGGAAUGUUCUGGCAGGAAGUCGUGAGCUCCAACAAUCCCAAUAGCCUUGCGGUUAGAGUUUGGGGUCCCCUUAGCAGCACCCCUCAGAGUAAACUGUGUCUCAGGCCAUCCACAGCCCCCUCGAGUGUACCGAGGACAAGCCUCCCCCAGACAGUCAGCUGGGCUCCAUCUGCACAUGCUCACCCACACGUAGGUAGCCACACACACACGUGCAGUGUUACAGGGACGGUUGGGGGCAGAAACCAAGGCGCUGGCCUCCCUCGCCCACAGUCAGGCAGGUGCCCGUUGCUUUCUCCUGUCUCCUCCUCUCAACAUCCAGCUCUCUUUUUUGGCUUCUGAUAAAAACUCGGCCCCUGACAGCCUGCUUCUCCCAGCUCACCUAGUGCCCCCUUUCCUGAAAUUCCGUUUUUAAGUAUUCCACGAUUCCUGACCAUCGGAUACGCCUUCCUUAGCACUUGGGAACUGACCUGGAAGUCUGAAGAGGACCCUCCCCAGGUUCCCAGCAACAUGGCCGCACACUGUAAGAGUUUGUUCGAAGGUUUGGAUCCUGGCAAAGGAAUGUGGAUGUUUUCUCUUUGUGGUAGUGUCCACCUUCACGGAGAUCAGGAGAAAAUGGGGGCUCUCGUCCACCACCACAUGAAUUUGAGGACCUUCCUGGUGGCAUUUGCCCAGGACUUCUUGAGGAAAACAGAAGAGGAAAUGGCAUGAAACUGGUUCCAUCAAGUGCAGGCCAUGAGUCGGUCCCUCGGUGUUCCCAUCACGUUGUCUGUGUGUUGGAAAGCCUGCUCCCCUCAUUGGCACAGAAGGCUUUUACCACCCUGUCCCUUGGCCCCAUGACUAGUGAUGGCGGAAAGGUCAGAUUGCCGUACAAAUGACGCGGGUUCAUUUGGGAGUCGGGCUCAGACAAAGUGUGAUCAUCUUUUUUCUUUUUCCGGGGAAGCUGAAAACAUCUUAUUAAAGGAAAAACCCAAAUUCCAGUUUGAACUCCUGAAGCCUGGGUGCCACCUCUCCAGGUCCGGUUCUGAAGAUUCAGAAUCAUGGUCACGAGGAAGGGGGUCUUCAUGUUCAGGGAGAGAAUUUCCAAAGAACAAAGGGACAGAUGAAGCCAAAUAAGAAGCCCUAAGAACCAAGUAGCGUCUUGGAAAGCCCACUUGGACCAAAUGUUGAUUUUAGAAAUCAGACUCUUCAGGCCAAAAUCCCUCCUGUUUCACUAUUGACUACUGUGCCUUGGGGAGGAGGCGGCCAGCCUCUAGGCGCCUAAUUCUGUUCACUCCCAGUAGCAUCACAUCCACUUGUUCAUGAGGACUCGAAGAGAAAAACCAAAUCUGCGUCCCCUUCCUCUGCCCCCGCUGAACUAAUCCAGAGUAGGAACUACAAGGAAUCCUCUUAAAUCAACCGAGGAUGCAUGGAGCACCUUGAGGUCUUCUUUCCAGAAUCCCCUGGAUGAAGUGGAGGCUGUAAGAGUCACCUUUUUAGUCUUUAGUCUUAAAUGGAAAUGCAGCAUUUAAGUUGUCCGGUAAAAGAGUCUAAGUCAGGUUCUGGCUUUGUGCUCUAAUCUCUGGCCUCUGGACACGCAGUCACAGCAUGUUCACAGACUGGGACCCGACGUACUUGGAUUAGCAGAGUUAGGACCUCGGAGGGACCCAUCGUGAAAGUCACAUAUGGCCCCGAAUAAGUGAAGCAUUCAAAUCCCGUUGCGAUGCGGCACUGGAACAAGGCUCCUGGCUCCCUUGGCAUUUUCCCUGUUGGGAGAGAAAUGGCUCCAUGCGUAUUGGGCUGGGGCCACAGCCUGGUCCCCCCCUGCAGCCAGAUCUGUGCUACACCCCGCCUUGAGUGCGUGAGUUUCCCAGGCUUUUCAUGUCACAGCACGGACUUCCCAUCCAGUGGACUGUGGUCAUCAAGGUAAACGAAAGGGCCCGCCUAACUGCUGCUGAUGAAUGAAGAGGACCGCGAUGGAAGAAGGCUUUUCGUUGGCUUGGAGACAUGAGCUUCCUGAACCCUUUGUACGUGGAGAGUCAAGCCACCCCUCCGUCUUUCACCUUACAGGAAACCCUAGAAUUGGAGUGCAGUUGAUUUUGGAAGCCGUCUCCUGAUCCCAUCCCUUCUUGAGGCCUUCAGAGCACAGGUCAGGAGCUGUGAGCAGAAGGAGAUUCUUUGCCUUUCUCUCCCAGGACUUAGUAACAAAGAAGGGCUUCUUGCUUGUGGCUUGGAGGAAGAACCAAAAUGCUUCCCUAGGUGCUCCUUUGGAUUCUGGAAGAGGGAAAGGGGACAAAAACAGAAACCGAGGUUUGAGUCUCUGCUCUACGUGAGCUUGGGACCCUGGGCAAAUUCUCCCUAGACCUCAGCUUUCUCCUUGAUAAAAAAAGGCAGUCCAGGGCCUCCCAACGCCUUUAGAGCUCUGACAAUUCGGAGAAUUAUGAAUUCAAAGAGUCGGAUUUCUUUAGGAAGUUUGUUGAAGUUAGCAGGGUCAAAGGCACCCUGUUUUUUCCCAUCUCAUUUCAAAUUAUAUUUGCCACAUGAGAGGAAGUCUGGCGUGGAGGAGAUGAUCUCGAAGCCACAUCCUGGCUGGGUGACCCAAGCCAUGUUCUAGGUUCCAACCGGUAGAGAAGGUGCUCACCCAUAUGGGGAGAGUGGAGAGUCCCUGGGCCUGACCUCUGUCCCAUCCGCCCUGUGGCGUGCACUUACUGAACCCUUGUGAAUGCUUCUCCACUUCAUGGAACCGUUUUCCUUCUGUUGCUUGAAAAUUAAGAUCAACAAUCGGCGGCAUCCAAAAUGGAGUUUUCUUCAUCACACCAAAUGGCCGGUCCCCCAAGUGUGUGUGGCAUAUUACAUUCAUAUUGAAUAUAUGUGAUCAGAUGUGCGUGUGAGCACACGUGUGUGUGUGCGUCCAGCCGGGGCUCCGCAGGGCACCGUGUUCAGCUCUAAUUAAACUAGCUUGUAAGUUCUCAACUCGGAGACGAGUCAAAAGCAAGACUUCAAGGAAUAGCCUUGGUGCGAAAGCCUGGGAACUUGGAGGAAGCAAAGAUACUCGGGAUUCUUCCAUCCGGGAUAUCCAAGGGACCUUCAGACCACACGGAGAGCAAGACAAAACUGGAGCGCUCCUGCCCUCAGGGCCCUUACACUGGUGGAGGAGGCAGAGAGGGAGCCAUUUAUUCCAAAAAGAGCCUCCUGUACGAGACCGAAGUUGACUCGCAACCCCUUGGGGUUAAGAAUUCUUCGAUUUAGCCAGUGUCGACUUGAACGACUGAGGUUGAUGAUGACGGAGGACGUGUUUCAUCUCUUCCGGAGGACGUCUGUGUAGCUUGGACUUGGUGUUGCUCAUUUGAUGGCCUGGGAACCAUCGGUGACUGGUCAGUCCCCAGGCUGGCCGCUCACACCGUAAUGUUUAUAGUCUCACGAUGUCUGUACAUUUUGUUUCUGGCAUGAAGGAGUUAAUGGUAUUUAAUAAAAGAGAUUUCAUUGCUAUGCCUUGAA